CGCCCAACAACUGCCCGGAAUGCCCAGCCUCCAGGCGCUGUCAUGCCAAUAUCACCGUCCGGAAGCCGUCGAUUGACCUGAGUGUGCCUUUCUAUUUUCGCUACUCUCCAUUCCUCCCCAUUCCUCCCCUCCAUCCAGCUCCGCGCGCCACCCUAUUCAUAAAGAAGCUCCAUAUUCUGCCCCGCCAUCACCAAUUGGCCCUGCAGCUCCAUUACUCUCCCUUGCAGCCGUUACCAUGGCCUCUCGCACGGAUACCGCGACUACUACCAGCGCCGACGUAUCCAAUGGCUUGGAAUCGAGAUACAGCGAUGGCACACGCCUGUCCACAGCCAAUGGCACCAGUCCCUCCAUAUCCAGCGGCAAGCAGAAGAGGUGGGAGAGCAAAUACAGACACGUCUUUGCGACCCAUUCGGCCCAGAGGUCUUCAUGCCUCAGCAGCGACAGCGGAGAGUCUCCCAGCUUCGUGGGUUUCCGCAAUUUGAUGGUCAUUGUUUUAGUCGUCUCAAACCUCCGAUUGAUGAUUGAGAACUUCAGAAAGUACGGUGUUUUAAUAUGUAUACGAUGCCACGACUACCGCCGACAAGAUGUCAUCUACGGCUCCAUCCUCUAUCUCCUCGUCCCCUGCCACCUCCUGGUCGCGUACAUCAUAGAACUGGCUGCGUCCCAGCAGGCUAAGCGUGGCGUGGCCCGGAUGGAGAAGGUCAAGGAGCAGCCAAAUCCACAAGAACACCAGCAAGAGCUACGGCGGAGCUUCCUGGCCACAUGGAGGUUGAUUGCGACAGCACACGGCGUCAAUGCGACCUUAAACCUGUGUAUCGCAACCUGGGUUGUCUACUACCACAUCCACCACCCUGGAAUCGGCACUCUUUGCGAGCUACAUGCUGUCAUUGUCUGGCUGAAGGUCUGCUCGUAUGCAUUCACCAAUCGAGACCUCCGGCGUGCCUAUCUGUCACCAAAAGAGUCUGAUCCUCUCCCUGAGAUCUACAAAACAUGUCCAUAUCCUCUGAACAUCAAUUGGAGGAAUCUCUGCUACUUCUGGUGGGCUCCAACACUGGUGUAUCAGCCAGUCUAUCCUCGUACACCAAGCAUCCGCUGGCCCUUCGUCUUCAAGCGACUAACAGAGACCGCUGGUCUUAGCAUCGUCAUCUGGAUAGCAUCGGCCCAGUAUGCAGCACCUUUGCUUCAGAACUCUCUCGAAAAGAUAUCUACCCUCGAUCUAGUCUCGAUCUUGGAGCGAGUGAUGAAGCUCUCAACAAUAUCCCUUUUCUGCUGGCUGUGUGGAUUCUUUGCGCUAUUCCAAUCCUUCCUAAAUGCCUUAGCGGAAGUAAUGCGGUUUGCGGACCGCGAGUUCUACGCCGACUGGUGGAACGUAUACAGUAUCCGGACGUACUGGACUACAUGGAACAAGCCAGUAUCUCAUUUCAUGAAGCGACACAUCUACUCGCCCCUCAUCGGGCGAGGAGUGCCACCUCAAGUAGCUCAGAUCAUCGUCUUCAUUCUUUCAGCAGCUUUGCAUGAGCUACUGGUGGGUGUGCCUACGCACAACAUCAUAGGUGUUGCUUUCGCGGGCAUGAUGCUACAAAUCCCACUCAUCUUCCUGACCGACCGAAUUCAGAAAAUUAAAGGUGUCAGCGGUAAAGUCGCCGGCAACGUCAUCUUUUGGAUCAGCUUCUGCCUAGUCGGCCAGCCUUUGGCUGCCUUGCUGUACUUCUUCGCUUGGCAAGCAAAAUACGGGAGUGUCUCGAAACAGACUACCCAGUUCAGCUUCUUUCAUCGGCGCUAACAGGGUAAUGUAGGCAUAUGUACAGAGCCCGGAGGCUUCUGAAUCACAAACAUAUUGGGCGGCGUCGAUAUCACUGGUUGAUCAGGCGAGAUCUGUAGGAUUAGCCUUAAUAUACUUUCACUUUUGUGUUUCUCCCAGGCUCCACAUUAUGUGUCCUUUUGACAUUCCCCUUUUUCUCAGUGAAAGAUAUAAUAUCUUUAGUUCCCUCUCCGUUUUGCAUAACAACCUACAAGCUCCCUUCAUACUGCAAGAUUUGUACGCUAUGCAGCUAUACGCUCCGAUCGGCAUCUAGCUAG